UUAUAGCGGGUCGCAAGCUAUGAGCUGCGGGUCUUUACACGCGUCCCCGGCGAACAGGCUCGGAAUGUUGGUUUCCAGCUUCCUAGAAUCUAGAUGCGAAAGGCAUCGAUACCGUGUCGUGAACCGUGACGAUGCUGCGCAGCAGGAGCAACAUCAUAGUGGAGCCUUCCCAUGAGACUGGAGUAUAAGACAGUUCGACUGCAGACCUCAAUCAUCAUCCAGCGCAUCCAGCUUCAGACCUUCUUCAUCUUUCAAUACCAGCAACCACCAUGGUCAACUUUGCUUCUAUUCUCAGCGGCGCCGUUGCGGCGUCCUCGCUCAUUGGCGGUGCGGUCGCUCAUCCAGGCGAGAAGCACGACAUGGCACACGUCAAGCGCCAGAUCGAUGCCCGUCAGCUCCGCGCCGCAGCUGCCAAGCGCUCGCUCGAGAACUGCCAGGACUCGCUUCAGCACCGCUCGCUGAUGCAGCGAUCUCACACCAGGCGCUCGGAGGCUCUCAACGCCCUUCGCCAGAAGCGCAGCAUCAAUGGUAAAUCGAAGAAGUUCCGCCGUGAUCUUGCUCUCCUCCAGGAGUUCGAGGCCAUCAACCACAAUCAGACUGGAGUCUUGGACUACAGCCCCAACACUGAUGUUUCGACGAUCUUCGCAGCGAACACUUCGUGCAUCCUGGCCCCGGAGGUAACUGACGGACCGUAUUACGUCAACGGCGAACUCAUCCGGAAGGACGUCAAGGAGGGCGAGCCCGGCAUCGAUCUGUACCUCGAGGUCCAGUAUGUCGAUGUCACCACUUGCCAGCCUGUACCUGAGCUGUUCGUCGAUGUCUGGAACUGUAAUGCGACUGGUGUCUACAGCGGUGUCGAGUCAGGUCAGGCUGGACUGAACACCACCUUCCUUCGCGGUAUCCAGGAGACCGACAAGGACGGUGUUGUGGCUUUCGAGACUAUCUUCCCCGGUCACUACGAUGGCCGUGCCAUCCACACUCAUCUCCUUACCAAGUCCAAUGUCACAGUCCGUGAGAACCAGACUACCCAAGACGGCGCUGUCACCCACAUUGGUCAGCUCUUCUGGCCCGAGGAGCUCAGGUCUGAAGUCGAAGCCACCCCUCCUUACAACGAGAACACCCAGGCGGUCGUCUCCAACGACGAUGACAUGUGGAGCAUUGUUCAGACCGCAAACGACUACGACCCGUUCCCGCAGUUCGUCUACGUUGGUGACGACAUCACCGAUGGCCUCUUUGCUUGGAUCCAGAUCGGUGUGAAUGCUUCUGCCGACUACACUGAUGACGAUUACUACAACAUUGCUGCUACCUACCAGGCUGGCGGUGGUGUCGCAAAUGCUGACUCCGGCGUUGGCGGUGCCGGCGGUAACGGUACGAUGCCGAGCGGCUCGCCUCCUUCCAGCGCUAGUCCCUCAUCGACCGCCUCCGCCUAAGAUGGGCCUGUGGCGUUGUGAUUCGUCUAUCAGUAUGUGCAUCGUGCAAAGAUGGGUUUUCCUUUGUUAGCUUUA